CGAAUUUUUGUAAACAUAAUGUUUUUGUGUUUUAAAAUAAAUAUUAAUCUAUGGAUUUUUGUGGGUGUUAUUAUAUACAGUACCGGCACGCUUAAAUUAGAUUUGUAAUGCCCGGAUUCUAUAAAAACAUCUAAUAAUAAAUUACGACUUGUGAUAAGUAAUGGAUAUAGUAAUCAAGGGUCAUUUGCCGUUCUCCACGAAUACAAGCCAUUUCGGACAAGAUAUUCAAACGGUACAUUAUCCGAGGAAGUUCAUAUUACCUUUAGAGUGAAUACAAAUUAUACCACAGAUAGAAAUAUCAGAAAACCAGUAAAUAUAGACCCAUGUAUCAGUUUCACCCCGGUAAAACCACGGUUCUCAAUGAAUGGUGCUAGAAUGAGUGAUUUGAAAUGCGCAGAAUUCAUGGUAGAUCUGGUUAAUCGUGAAACGAUUAGGGACCGAGAAGAAAGAUGCAAAGUAAAGCGAGGUCAAAAACCUUCCGAAGUACCAAUUCGAUUAAUAAUAAGCAAGUACUCAACCAAACAGGGUGAUUAUCCGCAUAUGGCAGCAAUUGGCUGGAAAAUAAAAGCGAUAAACAAAUGGGCAUUCCUCUGUGGAGGCUCUUUGAUAAGCCCUAGUUUUGUAUUAACAGCUGCACAUUGCUCUAAAGCUAUGAACAGGGAAUUGGAGAGUCCAGGACCAGACAUUGUUAGACUGGGUACAAGGGAUCUAGAGAAUUCAAAAUUCGAAUCACCCGUGGAUAUAAAUAUCAAGAAAUUUAUUACAAACCCUUAUUGGAAGCCUCCUAUAAAAUAUUUUGACAUAGCAUUAGUGCAGCUUGUUGCUGAAGUGGAAUUCUCGAAACUCAUCCAACCUGCCUGUCUUGAAGGAAAAUACUUUACGUCACGGCAUGAAGUUACCGUUUCCGGUUGGGGUAUUACAAACGAAAAGUCCUUAAAACCAUCAUCAGAAGUACAGGCCGGAAAUGUGGACAUCAUAGAGUCAAAGUACUGCGAUUUCCUACUGCUGGUGUAUCGGGACAGAAACUGGGGCGGUCUGACGGACAAUCAGAUGUGUGCAGGAAAUAUUAAUGGAGGAGUCGAUACAUGCCAAGGAGAUUCGGGCGGACCCCUACAAGUCAAGAUAAAAGAUACUAAAUACGAAGGUUCUAUGCAUAUGAUUAUUGGUGUGACGUCAUUUGGACAUAAGUGUGGAAGGAAGGACCUGCCUGGAGUAUAUACGAAAAUCUCUCCGUUCCUUGAUUGGAUUGAAAGUGUUGUAUGGCCAAAAUUAUAAUGUUUGGUGGUUUUAUAAUUACCAUACAUUAUAAUGGAUAUGUUUACUGUACUCAUGUAUAAUUAUCCUACUGUAUGAUAAAAUACUAUGUAGUAUUAUAUAUGUCUUGUAUUAACGUUUUUUUGCCUUAAAAAUUUGAAUGAGCGUGUUCCCGCGACUACCGCAAGACUCGUCCCAGACUCAGAAUUCGGCUUUGGCCGUCGCGGGGUGGUCAAUCACCUGAAGGGCAGGACGAAAGCUCACUGGAGCGAGCGAAAUGUGAUGUAAAGGCGGUUUUUUACCCUAAUCAAAAGGUAAUUGGAUCAUCUGGAUCCGCUGGGACAUGUACUGGUUGUCGUCGGCAAGGUGGAAGGCAAAAGGCCGUGUGGCUUUUUGCCAACGCACUGGUGACCAAGUCACGAUUCUCACGGGUCCAGUGGAGAGAUACCACUAGCGGAUAAAUACAUACCUCGUUGCUGUAAAAUAUAAAUAAACUAUUUUAACAAUGACGAAUAAUUUUGCUUCCUACUUUACCUUAAAUGGACUUAAUUUUGUGGUUUUAGUCGUGGUUCAAAAGUACUUAUCUCCCUCGUUUCAUCGUAGUGUAAAGUGUAAAUAAUUUGACGGAAAGAGACAAUUAACCUGAUUUCGCUGAUUUAUGUUGGGGAAUAUAACAAAAAAAAUCAAUGGCGCUACAAUUUUUUUAGAUCUGGGGCUCAGAUUUCGGUAUCUGUUUCAUGAU